AUGGCCCGCAGCUUUGGCGUCGCCAUCGUCCUUCUGGCGUUGGCCAUUCUUGGAAAUGCCGAUUUCGUAAGGGUGCCCAUAUAUAAAGCCCCGUCCGCUCGUGAUCAUUUCCGUAGCGUUGGUACCGAAAUCAAGCAGCUCCGUCUGAAGUAUGGAGACACAACUGGUCCGGUACCGGAACCGCUGUCCAACUAUCUCGAUGCUCAAUACUUUGGUGCUAUCUCGAUCGGAACUCCGCCGCAAAGCUUCAAGGUGGUGUUCGAUACAGGUUCGUCCAAUCUGUGGGUACCGUCGAAACAGUGUUCGUUCACCAACAUCGCCUGCUUGAUGCACAACAAGUACGACGCCAAGAAGUCAUCGUCGUUCGAGAAGAAUGGUACCGCUUUCCACAUCCAGUACGGUACCGGUAGCUUGUCGGGUUAUCUGUCCACGGAUAGCGUCGCCGUCGGUGGUGUAACGGUUGACAAGCAAACGUUUGCCGAAGCAAUCCAAGAGCCUGGGCUCGUGUUUGUGGCGGCAAAGUUUGACGGUAUCCUCGGACUCGCCUACAAAUCGAUUUCGGUAGAUGGUGUUACGCCCGUGUUCUACAAUAUGUUCAACCAGGGCAAGAUUGAUGCACCGGUGUUUUCGUUCUACCUGAACCGCGAUCCAAGCGCCUCGGAAGGUGGAGAAAUCAUUUUCGGUGGAUCCGACUCCAAACAUUACACUGGUGAUUUCACCUACCUGAGCGUAGACCGCAAAGCGUACUGGCAGUUCAAGAUGGAUGCAGUCACCGUGGGUGACAGUCAGUUCUGCAAUAACGGAUGCGAAGCAAUCGCUGAUACCGGUACCAGCCUGAUUGCUGGCCCCGUAGCAGAGGUAACGGCCAUCAACAAGGCCAUCGGUGGCACGCCGAUCAUGAACGGCGAGUACAUGGUGGACUGUUCUUUAAUUCCCAACCUACCCAAGAUCACGUUCACCCUCGGAGGCAAACCAUUCACGCUGGAAGGCGCUGAUUACAUUCUGCGUAUCGCUCAAAUGGGUAAGACUAUCUGCUUGUCCGGUUUUAUGGGCAUUGAUAUUCCGCCCCCGAACGGACCGCUGUGGAUUUUGGGAGAUGUGUUCAUCGGCAAGUACUACACCGAGUUCGAUAUGGGUAAUGACCGUGUCGGAUUUGCAACCGCCAUUUGA